GCACCCAUUUCCAAAUAUUCGUCACACGUGUCAUUGUUUAGUUGGUCAAAGCAUGUCAUCGAAUUUGACAUUAAUCCAAAUAAUCCUCUUCAAGUAUGAAGGAGCAGAUCAUUUUCUCAUUACAGAACCCCCCGAUCUAAUACUGCUUUUUUGGCUCAGCCACCGCCCAGAUUCACCAACUCCAACCAAGAGAAAAUGUCGAGAUCGGAGAUCUACACAGCGUUAGCAAUAGUAGCUCUUUUCAUCUCGGCGGCCUUCGCCGACGAUGUCGUCGUUUUGACGGAAGAGAACUUCGAGAAGGAGGUGGGUCAGGAUGCCGCAGCUCUCGUCGAGUUCUACGCUCCUUGGUGUGGACACUGUAAAAAGCUAGCUCCUGAAUACGAAAAGCUCGCUACAAGUUUCAAGAAAGCAAAGUCUGUUCUUAUAGGAAAGGUAGACUGUGAUGAACACAAGAGUCUUUGCACCAAAUAUGAUGUUUCGGGGUACCCAACCAUCAAGUGGUUUCCCAAGGGGUCUCUUGAGCCAAAGAAGUAUGAAGGUGCACGGACGUCAGAGGCACUUGCAGAGUUUGUGAACACUGAAGCAGGAACAAAUGUUAAGAUUGCUGCAGUCCCCUCAAAUGUUGUAGUACUAACCUCUGAAAGCUUUGACGAGAUUGUCCUGGAUGAGAAAAAGCAUGUCUUGGUAGAGUUUUAUGCGCCAUGGUGUGGCCACUGCCAACAACUUGCUCCAAUUUACGAAAAGGUGGGAACAGCAUUCAAACUGGAUGAGGAUGUGGUCAUUGCUAAAUGUGAUGCUGACAAGUACAAGGAUCUUGGAGAGAAGUAUGGCGUGAGUGGUUUCCCUACAUUAAAGUUCUUCCCAAAGUCAAACAAAGGUGGUGAAGAUUAUGAAGCUGGCCGAGACGUGGAUGACUUCGUAAACUUCAUUAAUGAGAAGUGUGGCACUAACCGUGAUGCCAAAGGCCAACUUACUUCUAAGGCCGGAGUCGUUGAAGAUCUGGUUAACCUAGUGAAGGAGUUUGUGAGUGCUAGUGAUGCAGAGAAGAAGGCUGUACUUGGUAAAUUGGAGGAGGAAGUUGAGAAGCUGUCAGGCUCUUCUAAAAGAUAUGGGGAGAUCUAUGCAAAAGCUGCCAAGAGUUGCAUGGAUAAAGGAGCUGACUAUGCCAAGAAUGAAAUUGGGAGGCUAGAGCGCAUGCUCGCCAAGUCAAUCAGUCCUGCCAAGGCCGAUGAGUUCACUUUAAAGAAGAACAUCCUGAAUGCCUUUGUUUGAUGUUGGCCAAGGAGUUUCCUCUGUGGUUGGCUAGCAGAGUGUUCCACAACUGUAGUUUUGGUUUUGCUGAAAUGCCAUCAGCCAUUCCAAAUUCCAGGAAUAGAUAGAGAUGACCUUGUGCUCUCCUCUGUUUCAUCUUUUUGUCUUUUCGGUUAAACCUGUGAGGCCAGUUUUUAUAACUGAGCUUCUUUCGACGGUAAUAGUAUCUUUUUCAGCGACAUUUUAUGACAGUUUGUUUUCGCGCGUAAUUAUGGUUUAUAUUGAGUAUCAGUUUUUCUAAAUCUGUGUAAAGAUACAAGGAAACCAUUUGCACCCAAUCAUAUUGUUUGCUCACAGAGAUAUGGCAACACACAGGCAUGAGCAUUUGAAGCGUAGUCAUGUCACCUUGAUAUCACAGCUUCUAGUAUUAAAAUAGUUAACUGCAA